UAUAUAUAUAGCACACAAAUAUUAUUAGCGUGAAAAGCAAGUAAAUUACAAACAUAUCCAUCAACGAACAAAGUCCAGAAGAUUAUGAUGACUACAUUAACAAGAUAUGUACGUUCCAUCUGUCUAUUUAACAAAUACGCAGCUAGAUUCAAGCCGAGCAGGCUCAUUUCUGGACAGAGCAGACUUUCUACAAAAGUUGAACGCUGCACUCAAGGAGAUCUUUUCAAACAUGAAUUCGAAUGAUCAAAGUCCCUGGAAUCAUUUGGAAACUAAUCCUUCUAUAUAUUUUAAUUAGCAUCUGUGAGGACAAUCUGUUCUCAGAAGAAUGACACAAAAGCAAGGUAAUACUUAAACCUUUACGUUGCAAUAGCUUCAUGCAUGUACGAGUUACUAAAAAGACUGAAUUUCCAAAGGAUUUACGUAUUAGUCUGAUUUUAGGAGAAACAGAUGUACGAUAGAUAGCAUGCUUCGCACAAACAAAUAACCACGAGAAACACUCCACGUCAACAAAAUUGUUAAAUAUCAAAUUGACGUACUCAUUAACAAAUUAAACCAUUCGGGAUUUUCUCGAAAAAUUUAUUUAUUGCCGAAUUAACCACUGAAAAGUUUAUUUCAGCAUUGACUCGAGCAUCCGGUUGACUGAAGAGAGAGCAUCGAAAGUAAUAAUAAUAAAUAUGCACCGAUAACGUCAGAAUUGCACGGGACAAUGUAUUCAUCUAUUAUUCAUAAUCGGCAUAUUUAAUCAUAUGUUAACAUUAACAUUUACAAUAUGGCAAUAACUUCGCUAUAUGCGCUACUAGAAACGACGCCCAAGAUGCCACGCAGACAAUCGAAUAUUAUCAUCUCUGACCUAAUGCGAAUCGGACUUGACAUCUCAUAUAAAUAAAACGAAAUUUAUGAUUUUCAACAGCAAAAACAAAUCCCCAGCUAUAAUGUCAAUUAAAUUGGGCGAAACAAGAUUAGGUAACUCGGAGUUUAUGAGAUAUCCUAAGCAUCCGUGUGGACCAGAAUCAAAAAUUCGAAUAACACUAACGUGACAUGUAUGACUGACCGCAGAUUGUAUGACUGACUUCAAUGUAUUAAAUCAAUGUCAUAAUGUAUCUACAUGAUGAGAAGCGGAUCCAUCUAGACUACUUACAAUUUACAAGAGUAAAGUUCAUUUUACAAUAAGAUCCAGACUGGACUACUGCCUCUUCUUGGUUAAAGCCAACUGCGUCAAAAACUGAAAAACAUUCAGUUGACAGCCACUAAAUUCUCAUUAUGGGACUAAGAAAAUUUUCUAACAGUAGCAAAGUAAAGCUGCCUUUUACCUUCAGCCGAGCAUUCUAAAAUAAAUUGUACAAUAACAAUCGUGAAAGUGGCGUAGAUAUGUAAAUUACAGUGAAUAUUGUAUAUUAAUGUUUAAAUUUUCUUGUAAAUUGAUAGACGGCUACACUGGUGACGUAAUCCUAAGAGAUAAAAUGCCUCCGAAUCACGAAGCUUAUCAAAACAAAUCUUUGAAAUCUAGGAAAUAUUAUGCAGAAAAUAGAAUUAAAAAGAUGAAUUUCAAGAUAGAGACGGAGAUGUAAACCGAGACCGUAUAAGCCUAGAAACGACUGUUCCGAUGAAAAGACAAAUAUCAAAUACAAGAACUUGAAUUAGAAUUUUAAUCACUCUUACAGUAGAUUGGCGAAAACAUUCCUUAAAUAUCAAAAGCGUUGUGCUUGAACAGAAUAAUAUUGGUGUACUAAACAGGAGUAGCCGAAAGAUUAAAACUGCUGUCGCAAGAAGAUCGCUAAGCAAUUUUUGACAUGCUGUUUUGGACGGAGGAUGUACGAAAAGCAAGUACGAGAUAGUGAAGAUACUAAAAGAAGACGAAUACAGAGACAAAUAGAUACGGGUCAAUAGACCAGCAGCUGAGGGGAAAGGUGAACAGCAAAUAAGCUACGGAGCGAAAACGAUAAACAGAGUAGUUACAGGCCCAUGGCCGGGAAUUCUUCUCGCCGGCUUUGGUCGUGGAUCUCGAUCAUGAUCCUGCCUGGAUGUUUGCUUUCUUCGAAUGGCGAACAAGUUCCAUGUGUUUCUUAUUUUUCGGAUGCGAUCGAGCAAAAUGUACAUGGAGGCAAGUCGGAAGUAAUGCUCUUCUUAAGAGAACAUUGCAACCAUCAGACGAAUACCACUAGCAUGGGUACGGAUAUUCAAGACUAUUUUGAUCGAUUUAACUUUGACGUACAAAUCACCGUUAUACCUUUAUCACUGUCGUGCGAAACGAAAACUCGAGGCCUUGAUGCUCUGUUACGUGUACUUGGUGAAAGAAGGGCAAAAGCUCUUGUAGCUGUUCUUGACUCACCGAUGUGCGAAAUUACAGUUAAGCUUGCACAUCUUUGGAACAUGCCGUUGUUCACAUGGACUUGUCCUUUGAAAGACUUGGAGGAAAAGCAACUUUCAUCGAUCGUUAGGCUGUCACCAUCGUUACCUACGAUAGCAAAAGCCCUUGCAGAAAUGUUGAUACACUUGCAAUGGAAAACUGUAGCGAUAAUAGGAACAGAUCGCGAACCAUGGAUGAGUCUUGAAAGAGCAUUAUUGAACUCUUUGCAAAGUAUAGGAAUUGUGGUACGACGACGGGUGCUAUUACCACAUCGAGCUUCUUUCCAACAAAUUCGAAAAAUUCUUCGCACUAUUUACAACGUUUCUCGCAGAGUUACCGUGUUGUGUCUACCAACAUCCGACGAAGAUGGAUUAAUAACUCGUGUCCUCUCCGAGAUAGACAUCGUACAGCAAUCCUCUAACUCUAUGUGGAACUCUAUGACCGUUAUUGUUCACACGAAAGACGACGAUCUCUUUCUACCAACCAGAAACACUUCGAUCUCUUAUUUCGAUUCAGCAAAGCCCAACGUUUCGCUUACAACUUUAUCAUCUUCCAAUCCCUCUGCUACAAACGUAUCCAACGAAAUGAUUUUUCACGACGAUGAUAACAGCACAAUAGCAACAGACUCGGCAGAAGAAGUGGAAAAUGUGGAAGAAGCGGAAGAAAUAGAAAAAGCGGAAGAGAAACAAAUAUUGCAACGAUUACGGAAUAAAUCGAAAAUAACUCAUCGGUUCCUUCCACCGAGAAACUUGAGCUCUACUUUUCUAGAAAGAUUGAUGACGAUAACACCUCUUGAUUACAGAUACGACGUAGAGAAAAUAUUCGAGGGCGUAGAGAGGUAUAUAGUGCCAACGUUGAUGGACCGUCUGAACGAAACCCUUAACAUCUUAACAAACGACAAUUCUAGUAUAAAUGCGUUCAAUAACAAAAUUUACACGUAUGUUAUGCUUGAUUGGCGUGUUGACGUCUGGAAACCUAUAAUGAUCACGGUGGAAGGAAGUGAAAAAUUAUUUGUUCGAAAGUUAUCGACAAACGCGAUAGCGUUUCACAAUACGAACGACGCUGAUUUUCCAAGGUGCAACAUCGACGUCAACGGGAUUCCUUUUAUCGUUUGCACGGGGACUGCUUCCAACGAAUCAACGUUUCGUAUCGCACAUGUUGUCACUAUCGUCCUGGGGUCGCUCUUAUUAACCGUUUUCGCGAUAUCGAUCGCAGUCUUGAUUAGAAAAAAGUUACUUAAGAAGAGAAUGUCCAAAGGCCCGUAUAAGAUCAUUUUAACCACCUCAGACUUUGUAUUUCCUCAAGUGCCUCAAGUAGAUUCCAGAAGGGUGGAUGAGGGUAUCGAGACAAUGUUAUGUUGUUGGUUGCAACAACUGCAAGAAUUUGGUGGGCCAGAAGUAGAAAAGCCAGACUUGCUUCAACUAGGGAGCGUAUCGUCUUUGAAACCAUGUUUACGAACUAGCACGGGAAAUCUGACGCGUCAUAAUUUCUUUAAAGACCCACGUGCAAGAUACAAUGGUGACUUUGUGCAAUUAAAAGAACUACCAACGCAGGGUACGUUCGAGCUAAAAAGCAAAACUAUGGAUGUAUUGGCAACGGUAAGAAAGUUACACAUUUUUUCCGUAGAAUAUUAUCAGUUAUCAAGAUUCGAAUUAAAUAAGAACAAUUUGAAUAUUCCAUUU